UUCAUGGUCACCUCAGCCCUCCUGCACGUGAUCAGCAACGUCUCCUGCUCCACUGUUGUGCCCUUGACGUACCUGAAGUGGCUUUUCCUGCUCUCACUCUUCUCCUACAACAUGGGCCUCUACCUCCUGACAGCCAUCAGCAUCGAGAGGUGCGUGUCCGUCCUCUGCCCGCUCUGGUAUCGCUGCAACCGCUCCCAGAGCUUGUCGGCCGUGGUGUGUGUCCUGCUCUGGGCCCUCUCCGUUGCUUUCAUCGCCACAGUCACUUCUCUGUGCCUGUCACAUGAGGACGAGCACUGCCAGGUGGCUCUCAUCUCCAUGUAUGUCCUCAACUUCCUCAUCUUUGCCCCACCCAUGGUCAUUUCCAACGUGGUCCUCUUCGUUAAGGUCCUGUGUGGCUCCAGGCGACGACAACACAGGAGGCUCUACAUCGUUAUCUUCCUCACCGUCCUCUUCUUUCUCAUCUUUGCGGUUCCCCUCAGCAUCUGGAAUUUCCUGCAGCAGUUCAGCUACACCCCUGUGCCUUCCCAGGUCAUUUACCUCCUCGCCUGCAUCAACAGCAGCAUCAACCCCUUCAUUUACUUCUUGGUGGGGAGCUGUUGGAGGCGCUGCUCCGUGGUGUCCCUCCAGGUUGCCUUCCGGAGGGGCUUCGAGAACAAUCUCCAGCUGAAGAGCUCACCGUGUUCACACCGUGCUGCCCACCCUGGCUUCAUGCUCAGCUGCUCAUCCUUGCUCCCACCUGGGCUCGCAGGUCACCUUCCCCUAUCUGUGUUGUGA